GGCUAGCUUAGCUAGGAAGCUAGGAAAGGCAUGAGGUUUAGCUAGGAGGAGCCAUGAAGUGGCGUGAGGUUUAGGAAGGAGAAAAAGACAGUCUUGCCCUAAUUUCACUCACCAAGAAUCUGCACCGCUAACUGUUGUGGUCAGCCGACCUAGGCCCUCCCCAUCGCUCUUCGCUCGUCCCCUGGAACGUGCCACCGUCUCUUCACGCCGUCUCUGCAGUACGCGUAGUCUUCUCCAUCCGCCAAUUUCGCUCGCUUCACGCAUCGCCGCUUCUUAGUGUCCCGUCGCUUUGGUCCGUCGAUCCGAUAGACUCAAUUCGACGAGAAACAACCAGCGACCAUCAGCUAGUUGCUGAUCAACGAUCAAAGAUCGACGGCCGCCGCAAUGGCUCCCGCCCUCGACAUCGCCGCCACUGCCAACGCCACGUCCGUCGCUCCCGGCGCCUCGUCAGAGGCAUGGGAGGAGGUCAUGCGCGAACAGCUCGCCACGUGGUUCGACGACCCGGACUUCAUCGACGAGGUUCCGUCAAUGACGGUUUCCGUCGGAGAUAACGCUCUCUGUCAGCUCGACGGCGUCGCGACCGUCGCGCUUCCGCCCGACUCGGUCUUUUCCGUCGUGUGCGACCCGCACAACCGGCGCGUGUUCAAGAACAUAAAAUCCGUCAAGAACGAGCGCGUCGUGAGUGACUGUAACGGGGUGAAGGAGCUCGAGAUGGACAUGGUCUUCGCGUUCCAGCUGCCUUUCUUUACAGGCACGUUCGACGCGCAGGUGCGCAUGGUGCACGACCGCCCGAACCGCAAGAUGACCUUCGCGCUAACGCACCCCGGCUUUAUGAAGAAAUUCGAGGGGUACUGGCAGGUCGAGCCGCUCCUCGUCCCCGCCUCCUCCGCCACCUCCCCCUUCCCCACCUCCCUCGCCUCUAUCUCUUCCACCUCCGCCCCCUGCUCCCCCAAUUUCACCUCCGCGCCGCAAUCCCCCAUCUCGGAUUCUUUUCCUUCGGGCAGCCCGGAUGAUGAUGAUGAUGCCGAUUGGCCUGGCAGCGCCAGCAGCAGCCCGGACCGCCUGCCCGGCUCCGCGGACCCUCCCGCAGAUGGCGCCGCGAUCGGCGCGGGCGUGCGCGUGGCGUCGCGGCUGGUGCUGCAUCAGGUGGUGCAGCCGUCGCUGGCGCCGCCCGGGAUUUUCAAGCGGUGCAUCCACACGAUUCUGCAGAUGGCGACGCGAACCGUGCUGGUGGUGUUCCAGCAUGAAGCCGCGCGGAUUCGGAGCAGCAGGGGGAAGGCGGAGGCGGAGGAGGGGGAGGGGGAGAAGGGCGGGAGGUGGGGCGCGCUGUUUCUCCACAGAGAGGCGUUUGGGAUCAAGAAAAACGGGGCUGGGCUGGGGAAGGUGGGCCUGGGGAAGGUUGGUCUUGGGAAGCUGGGUCACGACAUGAAGGGAGCAGCGCAUCGGAAGUAGUAAUAGGAGGGCGUUGGUUAUGGAAGGCAAUAUGGGUUGAUGUUUUCUAGAGUUUAGUGCAGUACAGUGGAAGCCGCAUACUACCACAGUAAACCAAAACAGACUAUUCAUCGCUACUUUGAGGGUGUAGUGUGCCGCAUUGUUGUAUGGUGCUAAGGCAUGGCAUGGACAGCAUGGUUGGUUGUGAUUUUGAAGCAGGUAUUACACUGCAGCAGGUUUACAACAAUGCGGCCCUUAGGCAUGGUUCUGACACCAGCAGCAGCAGCAGCAGCAUUGGUAAUACGUGCAGAAAAUGAAGGUCGGUGCCACAUGCAGAGGAGGCGUCUGCUGUUGUCAGCAACAUGCUUUAGAGUCUUGGGAAAUGUAUGUUUAAUGGAUGCCUUUGAUCCGGGGUUUGAUCAUUCUGGUAAUCUGAGUUUUGCGUU